AUAAAGUCCCGAGCAACAAGGACACACACUUGUAGCUGAACAUAUUGAGACCAAUGUAAAUGGGUAAAGCAGCACGUAGCCAAGAGAUCGCCUAGGUUACGGUCUCUUAGCAACAGACAGACAUUCACCUCCAGUCUGCUGGUUGCCAGGAGAAACGGUGAUGUUUGGAGCCAUUCUGUAUUUGAGCUUGGCGGAGAGAGGAACCGAUGGAGUCUUACACACAAUGACUGGAUUUGCUCUCAUCAAACACACGAUUCUUGCACGUCUGGAUCACGGAAACUCUUCCUUUGUUCUUGUACAAUCAUUCACUGAAAACUGAAAACCUCCAAAAAGCUCAACUGUUUUCUCUGUUGCUGUGGCAUUACCCACAAUGCACACACCAGCUUCUAUAGUGACUGGCAUUGUCUUCGCUCCCCUGGGACUGGUGCUGGUGUUCACGGCAGCCAUCACGCCUCAAUGGCGGGAAGGCCAGGCUCGUCUUGGGAGGGUCGGUACUGGUGUAGGUGAAGCCAGAGGCAUCGAGCUCCUGCUGCUCCGCUCUGAUGGACUUUGGGAGAGCUGUCUGCAGGUGGUGCACUCCGAAUUGAGGGAAUGCUGGCCUGUAUCUGGAGCAUACCAACAUGAUUCACAUGUCCGUGCCACCCGGGGACUUGUACUCACGUCUCUGUUCCUGUGUGGCUCUGGGAUUGUGCUUGCCUGCAUAGGUGCCCGCUGUUGGACGGACACGCCACUCAGAAAUGUAGCAGGAGCUGGAGGAUUGAUGGUGGCCCUGGCGGGUGUGCUCAGCCUCGCAGCAUUGAGCAUCUACACUCAUCACUUGCCCAAUCUGGCACUGGAGCUUGUAUCAAACAUGUCUGACUUCCAAGGGCUUGACUUGCACAAGCUGCCCAGUCUGACUUUGCGCCCCGCAGGUUCCCUGUAUUUCGGAUGGGUUGGCGCAUGGGUGCAGGUGCUUGGAGGACUGGCACUGCUGUUUGGGGUUGGACGACCACAAUGCCCGGUUCGCACCAGAAAGGUACAGAGGGAGUUUGUGAUGAAGGCUUACGAAGUCACCUGCUAGAAAGAAAAUUCUUCAGGUAAAGAGGACAAUCAGAACUCAUUGACACUGCUGUAACUGCUUGGAUAUUCGUGUAGAUGGAUAACGCCAACCGCUUUAAUUGACUUACUCUGUUAUGGCUCCACUACGUGGGCUGCUGCAGUCUGAAAGCGUAAGGGUCAGUGUUUAAAGCUGAGAUCAGGUUACUGUCUUUGUAGAGUUCUGCAUAUUCCUCUGAGGUCAUGUGGAUUUCCUCCCGAUUCUCUGUUUUCUACCCACAUCCUAAUAUCAUGUACGUAUGGGGAUCAUUUGUGCUAAACUGUCCUUGGUGCCAAUGAGAGUGUGAAUAUGUAUACGAUGGACCAGCCUCCCGUUCAGGGUGAAUUCUCUCGUGUUCACACCAAACCCUGACCAGGAUGACACACUUACUAAUGACCACAAAACAACCAAAUGAGGUACAACAAAGUGAGUCAGGAUCCCAUGUUAGGCUACAUGUCUUACUCCAUGUAAGUACACAGAGCUUGCUAAGUUCAAAGUGCUGGGUGUGUAAGCACAGGAUUAAGACAACCCUUUUAAAAGGUCGGUUUUCCGGCUUUAAUCCCAUUCACCUGAUAAAAACACAGAAGAUAACUUUUAAAAAGUGGGUCAGAGUUGGUAUGUACAGUAUAAAGCUCUGAUUUGUGUGAAAAUAAAACUCACACGAAUCAGGAACUACUCAUAUACAUAGUCAUAUAAACAAGAGCUACGGAUUCAAAAAUAUGGCAAUUUUAAAAGUACUCUCAACUCACAGACUAGAUCUGGUGACCGAUGCCAAGCUUAUUAAAAGGAUCCCAUUUGUCAGGGUGUCCUAUCGAUCACAGAUUUAAUUAGAUAUAUAAUAUUAGCGGCAACACAACAAGAUAAUGCAAUAACAACUGAAUUGAAGGUCGUCGUGACUUCCUGACGAGACAGGAAACAAAGAUACAGUAUAGAGAUUCAAAAUAAAUCGAUUUGCAUCUGCAUUUACGGAUACGCAAAUCAAACAACAUACAGUAACACACAUCAAGACGCUGUCGUUAUUUUCUUUUACACAUUUAACAGCCAAUCAAUCAGUUAUCUUCUUCUGCAAAAAAAAAUCUAUGUUCAAGACUCAUUUAUUACAGAGUGGAUAAACGUGUACUGAAAAAAAAAGAAGAAGAAAAAAGAAGAAAAAACCCGAUGUUGAUUCUUGUACUGGAAAACUUUCCAUUACACACUGAACUGCUUGACAGAAUUAUAAUUAUUUAUGUUUUCACUUUUCACUGUCUGGUAUCACCAACUCAUCCAUAUGGUUCUUUGUAUCAUCUCAGAGCUUUAUUUCUUGCCACCAUUGAAUCUGGUUUGCUCAUUGUGACAAUGUCCAUUUAUGAAAGCACUUUAUAAAUCAAAUCUAGCUUUAAGUUGAAUUGAGUCUUUAACUUUGACUUCAUUAAAUAUGGACAGUACUACAUGUUAUCGAAGUUGACUUGCACAAGCUGCCCAGUCUGACUUUGUGCCCCGCAGGUUCCCUGUAUUUCGGAUAAAGUGAGUAAGGCAUGAAGAUCCGAGAUCUACUGUCACGGUGGAUCUUAGAUCUUCAUGCCUUACUCACUUUAUGUUAAUUUCUCCAGUAUAUCUAGCUAGUUUUACCCCACCAUUUUUGAUCAUUUGCUAAUUCUCACCUUCAGCCUGCUCUCCUUUAUUGUCAGAGAGAUAGCAACUGUGAAGAGUGAAUAUUAACACUUUUUUAAAACUUGUGUAUCAUGGAGCACUGUAACAGAACAUGUGAUCUACCCUCUUCUGCAUACAUGAGCUCACAGACAUCUAUAAAUGGCCAGUAAUUGAGAGCUUAUAUCUUAUAUAUUAUAGAAUAUUAUAUAUAUAUUAUAUAUUAAGAGAAAUGUGAGUGUCCUAUCACAGGUGGAUUAAGAGUCAGAGAGGUCUAAAGGCACGGCCAGGAAAUGUGGAACAAUUAUUGUAAAUUAUUGUAUAUUGUAAAUGUGGAAAUUAUUGUAUAUCAAAAUGAGUGAGAUGGUGGCAUCUAAGUUAGAUAUUUGUGUCCACAUACAAAUUGUUCCACAAUCUGUGGUUGUGCCUUUAGACGUUGUAGCUACUACAUAAUAACUCGUGACAAUGCCGUAUUAAAAAUAACCAAUCUGCCAUACAGUCCGUCUAGCAUUUCUAAAGCUUUAUACACCAGCCCUGGUCUGGAAUCAGCUCUGGCCAUGCGAUUGUAUAGGACUAAUGAUAGAUGUGAGAAGGGUAAAGGAUGCAGAGAAACAAUGCAGAGCUACCUGGGUGUCUGUUCAUGUGUUAAUGAAAUGGUUUGUUUUUGUGUGAAUGACGCUCGCUGCUCCUCUGCUCAGGCCAACAGAAACAAAAACAGCUAAAGAACUGUAAAUGAUUUGUGCUGCUUGGUGGUGUAAUUAUAGUCAGUAUUUAUUUCUUAUUUCACUUAGAGUUGUUAGAAUUCACUUUUUCUUCUUCUUCUAUAAUUAAUGUAUUUUUAUUCAAUGAAACGGUUUGCAUUAAUGUUGCAUCUUUAUACAUGUACUGUAACAGCUACAAGAUUUUAUUAUGAGUAAAAACCAUCACACGCAUUGACAGAAAGCAUUUAGAUGUUAUUCACAUGAAGCCAAGUAAUAUUUUGCCUUAAGCCAGCACAUGAGUGUAGGACUUUAACGCAUAGCUACGUGACGUCUCGUCAGUCCUGUGUAUAUUUCUCUACUGUUAAAAAGCGACGUUUUAUUGAAUUGUACCUAAUUGUGUUGAAAUAUAUUUUGUAAUGUUGCUAAAUAAACAGGUUUGUGG